AAUGAACACCAGGGAGCACCUAGCGGUCACUUCCCGCGACAUGCGCACUCGUUGCCACGAACAACCGCUAGCAACAUAUUGUCUUGAUAACAGCGGAGGACUUCGCCUAUAUUUGCGUGCUGACGAGAGCAUCCGUCGAGACAAAGAGAUUUGGGCAUCAGAAGCAAAAUGCCUACCAAUCCAGAUGAGCCAUACUACUGCUCUCAGCAGAUCAAUAUUCCACCUGAUCUGCCGGACAUACUAAAACAGUUUACAAAAGCUGCUAUCCGUACACAACCAACAGAUGUUCUGGCAUGGUCAGCAGCCUAUUUCCGUAAUAUGGCUAAGGGAGAACUACCUCCAGUAAAGGAACGACUGGAGAUACCUUUAGUCACCCAGAGGACUGACACUGGCUUGACACCAGGAAUCCUUCGGGUGUUAAACAAGCAGUUGGGUCCCAAGGAGAAGGUUACUGUGGCUCAGAUAGAGGAGAAGUGGAUGGACCUCUCUUUGCCAAAGGAACAGUUUGAUGACCUGAUACGUAUCAGUGGGUUGACUGGUCAGAUUGAGUGGAACAGAUUCCUUGCUCUUGCUUCAUCAUUGCUUACUGAUAACAUCACAGAUACCAUGCGUGUGAUCUGUGAAACACUCACCGUAGACCCAGAAGGAGGACCUGCCAGGAUCAGUUAUGGAGUGUUUAAAGACCUUUACCAGUUCCUUGCACAUAUUGAUGGGGAAAUAUCAGAAGCUCAGAUUUCAGAGGUUCUCAGUUAUCUGCAGUCUGAUGUGGAGAAGCAAGAUGGCAAAGUCAUGCCCCGCAAUUUCAUUCACGCUAGCUGCCCGCCACUUUCAUAACAAGUUUGGGUUUCUCCUCUUAGCACUCACCGUCCAUCUAUACAGCCAUUCAACCCAUCAUCUUGUCACUGUCAUGUGUAUUUAUCUUUUAAAUCUGUACAGAUUUGUAGUACUCUUUGGAAUUGUCCUUACUGUAUCAUGAUGCUAUAAAACGUUGUCAGUGAUAUUUAUGUUAAGCCUUGGAAAAAAAGCAAAAAGGACCCAUACUUAAAAGCUUUUGGUUUUAAGAUAAGAUAAGAUACAGUGUACUUUUAAGUGCUGGUGCAAAUCUUUUUGUACAUGAAUUUUGUAAUAUUAAAACCAUUUGCUAGGAUGUCACAUGCUAGUAUUAUGUGUCAUAUCUGCAUGCUAUAAUAAUUUUCACUUGUUUCCAUCAGGUAUAUUGUAAGUGUUCUACAACCUGUGAUAAAAUGGGGGGAGGGGGGAAUUAAGGGAUUUGUGUGCGUGUGUCCAUGUUCGUGUCUACACCGGAUGUAGGGUCUGAUCAUGUGUGUGCACACCUAAGUAUAUUGGGCAGCAGUCCUGGGAACAAACAUAUAUAUGUAUGAGUGUGUAGAGCGCACCAGACUGUCCAUGUGUAUUUUACACCAAAUAAACUCUCAUACACAGUGAUAUGGAGUACUCUAGGUUCUGCUUCAUCACCCACUGUUUGAUAAAAAGUGCUACUGUGGACGCAGCUUCAUGUUCAAGUGGAGCAAAGUAAAUGAAGGGGAGCUGGAUGUGGUAUUCCCAGGAGGCGAGUGGGGGAUAUUGCAUGGUACUCUACAGGAGUCGUUGCUAAAGAUGCCAUCCUGACCGGAGGUUUGGUUUAAAAUUGAGUGGCAAUCCUGUUGUAGACGCACAAUUUAAUGAAAUUAGUCCAAACGUUUUGUGCACUGAUAUAGAGAAAUGUACGUUCGUGGUUUUGUCUUUCCAAACUACAACGAAAAACAUCCAGUGAAGUAUAAAUAAACGAAUUUGGCAACUGAA